AUGGCUUCAGUGUCCUCGCUAGAUAAGGACCUGCGCAACAUGCGCCUGUCCCGCUAUACCCCGCAGGCCGCGGCCGAGAUUCGCGACUGGAUCGAGGACGUGUUGCGCGAGAAACUGCCUUCCCAGGACCUGCUGGAGGGCCUCAAGGACGGUGUCGCGCUUUGCAAGCUCGUGAACCUCGCCGUGUCGCCGGGCGUCAAGUAUAAACAAUCGCCGAUGCCCUUCGUUCAGAUGGAAAAUAUCUCCCAUUUUCUACGCGCAUGUCAAAUGGCGCCCCUGAAUCUCCCCCCGCACGACGUUUUCCUCACGGUCGAUCUCUACGAAGCCAAGGACCCGGCGCAGGUCCUCCAGUGUCUGGCAGCGUUCAGCCGACGAGCCAAUGCUCUCCAGCCCAGUAAAUUCCCUCAGGCUGUUGGUCCCCAGAGCAAACGGGGGAUCGUCAGCCCCGAUGCGACGGGUUCGUCUAGUCCGGGGUCGUACCCUACGCGGACAACCCGUGCCAUUAGCAAUGUCAGCGACGCAAAUUCUACCACCUCCGGUCGUGAAAGGAGUCCUUCUAAGUCUGGCUCGCUCAGCUCUUGGGCUAAAAAAGGCGAUGAGAACACAACUGCCCCAGCCUGGAACAUUCAUCAAUACGGCUACCUGGGCGGGGCCAGCCAGGGUAACCAAGGCAUUGCUUUUGGUGCCCGACGACAGAUCACCACCCCCGGACCUGCUGUCCCGAGCAUUGCGGAAAAGGAAAAGCGCCGACGCGAGGAUGAGGAGAGAUUGCGCCAGGAGCAGGCAGAUAAGGAAGCAGCGGAACAACAACGCCAGCGGGAGCUUGACGCGCAGGAGGCCCACGCAAGAGCCGAGGAGCAGCGUAGGUGGGAAGAAGAGACAGCUCGCCUAAGGGAGAAAGAGCGCCGUGAGAUGGAAGAGGAGCGCAGACGCUGGGACGAAGAAAAGCGCCAGUGGGAGCUGGAGGAACAGAAACGUGCCACGGAAGAGAACGAUGCCGAGCAACGCUUGGAGCAGGAACGGCAGCGCCGACGAGGACACAGCGAUGCCCGUCUGAAUGGUCAAUUCUUGAGUCAGUACCAAGCCAGUCACACCGGUGAGGCUGUGGCUGCGGCCCCCGAGGAAACACCGGAAAGUCAGCGCAUCAAGGAGCUCGAGCGUGAGCUGCAGUUGGCCAAGGAGCGGGAACAGCAGUACCAAAGCGAACGCCAGGACAUCCAGGCUCGAAAGACCGGCGAGUCUCAGGCCCGCAGCCGCAGCAAACCUCGCCCGGUACCUGCCAAGCCAAGCUACGACCUUUCUUCCCUUGAACAGGAACGACGGCUCCUACGGACGGAAUGGCAGCAGAACCAAGAUAUGCCAUCGACUUCUGAGGAACCCGAUGACGUCGAAGAGGAGCAGGCCCCCCCCGACCUCCACGGCCUCUACCGCAGCCUGUCCCAUCAGCGCCCACUGCCUGACCCAGUCGCAUAUACCGCCAACCGUGGCCGUGAUAACCGUACCGACCGCUUCCUAGCUUCGAAUCCAGCUCCUGUAGCCCCUGCACCGACUUCCCACCGCACCCAGGACUACAGCACGACAUCUGAGGUCGACGCUGAGAAUAGCCGCCGCAAAGCUGCUCAGGAGAGCACGCGCGCUGGCGGAUGGGCCUCCAAAUCCCUACUGGAACGUGAGAUGGAGCGCGAGCGCGAACGGCAGCGCGAGUGGGAGGAGAACCAGAAACAGACCAGCGCAGCUGCCCAGCGCGGCGCGCGUGAUCCAACCUCUGGCUCCGGACCGGGCCAGUCCUGGGAUGUCCAUCAGUAUGGCUACCUGGGUGGUGACAACCAGAACCGCGGUGGCACGGGCCUCGGUAUCGGUGGUGCCAGGCGCCAGAUCAUUGGGCCUCGCCCACCGCCGUAA